AUGGUGAGAAUGACGGAGUGCACGGUUGCGUUGGAGGGCAUUGGGACAAUUGAGGGGCUAGGGGUCGUGGAUAGGGAGUGGAUGAGCGUGGUGUGGAGGGUGGUGUUGGAGGGAAUUGGGAACCUGCCCACGAUGGUGUCAUACAACAAGGGCCGCGCCAUCGUGGAAAGCCCGGAAGCUGAGCUGGUGGCCGUGCACUUCGUUGGUCAGGGCGAUUACGAGCGUGCACUGGCGAUCUGGAUCGAUCAGAGUCGGCCAUCUCUGUUCCAAGGCGAGUCUUUGAUUCCUACCUGA